CUUUCUCGCCUUCAAACAAGAUCAUUAUAUCUCAAGUCUCAGGCUUUCAGUGGGACACUCAGACUUGCUACAGAGUAACAUCAAGCCCGCUACCUGCGCCGCAAGCCCCCUGCCGUUGGUUACACCACAGGCAUCGUCGGGUGGGCUGCAGCCACCGAGAUCUCUCAGUAGAGUUUAUCUGGUGGAGGAACAGCAUUAUAGCCGGGAUUAUGGAGGAUUUUAUCCCCUUAAUUCACCAUGUGGCACAGCACAGGGCCAGAAUGCAAUGCGACACCAACCUUGAGCGCAUCUAGAGGACACCCACAGGUGGAGAUCUUGGAAGAAAACUUGGCCUGUUGUGGGGUCGGGAAUCGCUCGAGGUUCACCUCUCGACCAUCUCGACCUACUCUCGCUUCCUCGCGGCAAGCUGCUUCGUGGGGGCAGCGUGGUAGAUUCAAGGGGCGAGUGCGCCUGUUGGCUCGGAUGCGGCCAUCGUGGGUUCCGUUCAUUUCCAUUUUCUGAGCCUCACGCUUGCUGUUGAUGGGCGCUUGUGACGGGCGGGAGAGAGAAUUGCGUUUCCUUUUUCCCCCGGCCUCUCCUCGUUUCCCUCUCUUUCUUUUCCUCGCUCCCGUUUUGCACAACAUACGGUUUCCUAUUACGUUGCGGUACUUCCUAUCUUUACAGGGGUCGAAAGCAGCACGUGCUGUGAUCCGCCAGAAAAUGAGGACUGCCACGGCAGCAACUAUCCUGCUGCUAUCAGCAGCGUCAGGGCUGUUUGUGUCGGCGCAGAGCGAUGGUCCCUCUCAGUUCUCGAGUUUCUUAUACCCAGUGCAGGAUGAUGAUUCGGAAACCUACCACUUUAUGGACACGGUGAAUGUCCAGUACAUUAGCAGCUUCACCAGGGCCACUCUGUGGACGUUCUGCAAGCCCGGUAUAGGAGAGACGCAAUUCAUCCAAGAGGCACCCGGCUUCAACGCUACUGUGCCCGUCCUUCUCAAUCUCACCUCGGCGACGCCGUGCUGGUUCAAUCUUAGAAGCCCAGAUGAGAAGUAUGGUGCCAACAGCCAAACGUUCAACGUUAUCGGCCAAGAGCGUAAGGGAGGGAGCAAGACGUUUGGGUUGGGAAAUCCGCCGUCAAAAGAGUCGGCGUCGCCAAGUCAAACUCAAACGCAAACACAAACGACAACCUCCAUGUCGACUUCCACAAGUGCGAGUUCAACGACCCAGUCAUCGACAGCCCAGACUGAUGACAGUUCACCGACACCGACAAGCGGAAGUGUCCAACCGAGUUCGAAUGAUGCUCCGAGUCCAGGUCUCAGCGCAGGGGCAUCGGCGGGUAUGGCCGUCGGCGUGACGGUGGCAGUCAUUGCCGUGGGAGCUGGCGCGUUCUGGCUCUGGAGGCGCAAGAGGAGAGGCGGGAAACUUCCAGUGGAAGACUACCAGCAACCACCAACAGGGCCCUAUGGGAACGGCGAUGUCUAUGCCAAAGUUGGAGCUCCGCCAAAUUAUGCGACAGCUCCAGGUCCUGCGACUCAUCAUCAUUCCUAUCAGCAAUAUCCACAGCAUCGGUUUGGUGGGGAGUUGGGAACAGCAAACUCUCCGAUGGAGAUGGGGGGAACAAAUGUGUGGCCUGCGAAUGGCCUUGGGGGGCGGGCGCGUGAGAUGGCUGGCUGA